CCUCCGCCAUUCCACAGCUCUAAGCUUUCGCGCCAUUCCGGCCGCAUUCCCCGGCGACGAGCGAGCUCGAUCGAUCACGUAACGCCGGCAUGGUGGUGCCUUCCGCAACGACCCCGGCGAGGCAAGAGACGGUGGCGGUGGCGGCGGCGGCGGCGUCCCUGCAGGGCAUACCGACGGUGGACAUGUCGACGGCGGCGGCGUCGCGGGGCGCGGCGGCGAGGCAGGUGGCGAGGGCGUGCGCGGCGGGGCAUGGGUUCUUCCGGUGCGUCGGGCACGGCGUGCCGGCGGCGCCCGCGGCGAGGCUGGACGCCGCCACGGCGGCGUUCUUCGCGCUGGCGCCGGCCGACAAGCAGCGCGCCGGGCCGGCGAGCCCGCUCGGGUACGGCUGCCGGAGCAUCGGGUUCAACGGCGACGUCGGCGAGCUGGAGUACCUGCUCCUCCACGCCAACCCGGCCGCCGUCGCGCACCGGGCCAGGACCAUCGACGCCAUGGACCCCUCUCGCUUCAGUGCUAUUGUGAAUGAGUACAUCGAAGCAGUGAGGCAGCUCGCAUGUGAGAUCCUGGACCUGUUAGGAGAGGGGCUAGGGCUCAAGGACCCCAGAUACUUCAGCAAGCUUAUCACAAACGCUGACAGUGACUCCCUCCUGAGGAUCAACCACUACCCUCCAUCAUGCACCAUUCACAAGCUUGACCAUGAUGACCAGUGCAAUAUCAAGAGCCUUGUCAGCACCAAGGCUAGCAAUGGUGGGAAUCUGACGGCAGGUGGGCGCAUUGGGUUUGGCGAGCACUCUGACCCGCAGAUCCUUAGCUUGCUCCGAGCAAACGAUGUUGACGGGCUACAGGUGCUUCUGCCGGACCGCGACGGCAAGGAGAUGUGGGUUCAGGUUCCUGCGGACCCAUCAGCCUUUUUCGUCAAUGUUGGUGAUCUCCUCCAGGCUCUGACAAAUGGGAGGCUGAUAAGUGUCCGUCACAGGGUAAUUGCAACCGCCUGCAGGCCAAGGCUGUCCACAAUAUACUUCGCAGCACCACCCCUGCAUGCACGAAUCUCAGCACUCACAGAGACGAUCACAGCCAGCUCCCCACGCCGAUACAGGUCAUUCACCUGGGCUGAGUACAAGACGACAAUGUACUCACUCCGCCUAAGCCACAGCCGCCUAGACCUCUUCAAUAUUGAUGAUGAUGACAGCGACAAUGCCAAUGAGGGAAAAGCAUAGGAAUAAUUAACUUUUUGUCACUCUUACGAGUGGUGAUAAUAGAUUUAUCACUGAACCUACAUGUCAUAGACACAUGAAGACACAUAUGUCAUAGACGGUGAGUGGCAAAUCUUCUUCAUCUAAUCUUAAGAGUGGCAAAUAGUUAAAUGGCCCAGAAGCAUAGAAAUGGCUAGGUGAAUUGCAGACAGGGCCUGUGGUUGGGUGGGGAUUAGGAAGCUGUAAUUGUCCCCAAAAUUUUGGCUCUCUGGCAGUCUGGCUACUAUUGUCAGAUAUCUCAGUAUUAUGACGGUGUAGUGUGUAAGUUGACGAAUGUGCAAUAGUGUUAGCAUUGUGCAGUAGCUAUGGUUGUACAGAAGUAAUGUAUCGUCGCCUUGUCAGCUAA